AUGUCAACCCAUCAGAUUCACGUUGUAGCCCAUGCGUGUUCACGCUGGCUAGUGUGAUCGCGUCUACGAGACUGUAGACAGAAAUCCCACUUUUGCAUUACAUACAAAGUGACAUAAAUACGCAGAUUUCAGCAGACAACAAUGGGCGGGCAAGCAAAAGCUAAAAAGAAAAACAAAUCUAAAAGAAAGGACACAAACACACAUGGAGAGCACAUGAUGUCACCACAGGAGAGAAUGAAAGCUAAGAUGCAUGAAAAGGCCAAAAAGAAGACAGCUGAAAAAUACACUGUUGAUCAGUUACUGGAAAAGACUACAGAGUAUAUAGAAAACUUUGACUUUUCAAUGGCGAGGGUGUUCUGUCAGCGCGCGCUGGACAUCGAACCUGCUAACCUGACUAUCCUGGACAUGCUGGGGAAUAUAUAUGCUGAGCUGGGAGAUGCAGAGAAAGCCAAACAGGUGUUUCUAAAGGCUGUAGAGCUCUGUCCAGAGGAAGGCCACAGUAAAUACAUGUACCUGGGCCAGAUUCACACAGGCAUGGAGGCUGUACAGUACUUCAGCAAAGGCAUCGAACUCAUGCUAAAUGCAAUGGACAAACACGCCAAAGAGGCCUGUGCAUUUGGAGCCGCUGCCUUCCCCUCAGAGUGUGAUGUCACAACGAAAGAUGUGUCUGUAGCCUUCUGUUCCAUUGCUGAGAUCUUCUUCACAGACCUCUGCAUGGAAGAGGGCGCUGCCGACAGAUGCAAGGAGGCCAUUGAUAAAGCUCUACAAUACGAUGAACACAACCCUGAAGCCCUGCAGCUGAUGGCCAGCUACCUAUUCAGUAUCGAGAAAACCGAGGAGGGCCGGGGGUACCUGAAGAAGAGCGUGUCGUCAUGGUUACCCAGUUUACAGAAAGAAGAAGAGUCAUCUGCGAGAGCAGGGAAUGACAUGGAGGAGGAGGAGGAAGAUCAGACUAAGAGCAACAUCCCGCCAUAUGAAUCCAGAAUAACAACAGGCAAACUGCUGAUCGAGGCAGAGGAGUAUGAGAUGGCCACAGAAGUGUUGGAGGAUCUUUUAGAAGAGGAUGAUGAGGUUGUGCAGGUGUGGUACCUGUUGGGGUGGCUGUUUUAUUUGCAACUUGACAAACAAGACUCGACAAACAACCCUGUGAACUUCAAAAAAUCUGCUAUUACGCACCUUACCAAGGCCAAAAAGCUGUACGUGAAGCUGUGCUGUGAGGACCCACCUAUGCUCGAGCACACAGAGCAACUGUUAACAGAGCUUGGUGGAGAUACACAUAUAGCUGAGGAUGACAAUGAGGAUGGAGCUGGACCUUCACUGGAGGACAUUGAGGAUGAUUUCAUUCAAAGCAGUGAUGAGGAAGAUGAUGCCAUGGAUCACUGACCCACACAUUUAACUUUAGUUCAUUGUACUUUAUCUUCACUUAAGUUGUUUGCUGUGUCUGAAUGAAGCUGAAAUGUAUUUGACAUAUAAACAUUAUAAAUAUAGAGGUUCAGACUAUUAUUAGUGUCUAAUGUAUAAGAAAGACAGCAUCCCAGUGUGUUAUUUUCAUGUGCCAUCUUUGUUUUCUUUCUGUGUCUGAGCUUUGGCUUCAUUUUUUCCAAAUGUUUCAUAGCUUCUACAAGAAGUUCCAAAAAGACAUUUGGUUUCAUUUUGGGAAUCACUAAGCAAAUCUCAAUAUAAUCCGACCACAUGAUACAUGCCAAUUUCCAGCACUAAUGAAGGUUUUUAGGUUUUAAUUAAGCUUAUGGACUUUUAGCUUCUUGUGGAGCUUGGAUGAAAUGCAAAUAUAUUUAGACUACAUUAUCUUUUAUACAUAAAGUGGCAGGAGAAACAUUUCAAAUUGGUCUGUAAGAACAUGAUAAAGUGUUUAUAUUAGCCUGUAAAAAUAAAUUCUUUGUAUUCGCUUUAUAAUCUCAGGCAUUUUUAAACACAUGGCUUUUGAAGGGCGUUUUACAUGUGUGAGUUAUUCAUUCAGUUUUGGAACGAAAGAAAACGAAUGCAUUGCGGAUCAGGGCUGUAUGAAUGAGAAACAUUUACGCAGAUGGAUGUCAAGGUUGGAAUGCAGUGCAUAUUUCUGAUUAUUCAGUGGUGUACAGUAAUAAAUAAUUCCCUGAAGACUAA